AUGGAUGUAGCAGCUGGUGGCGGUUUCAAAACCGUUACUUCUCCUGUUCCUUAUCUCUUUGGUGGCAUAGCUCUCAUGCUUGCAAUUGCAACAUUUGCAUUGGUUAUUCUAGCUUGUUCUUGUCAUGAAAAUUCAUCAUCUACAACUUUAACAAAUGAAGAGAAAUCUAUGAAGAAUGUGGAAAUGGUGGUGGAUUUAGAGCCUAAGAUUGUUGUCAUUAUGGAUGGAGAAAGUAACCCUACAUACUUGGCUAAACCUGUUUUAUCAACAUGCCAUAAUGAAGAAAUGGUUUAG